AUGACUUUGACCCGCUCUCAAACGGGGAAGACCCCUAAAAAAUUGGACCGUCCCGGGUUCAUUGAAACUCCCGGCCGUCGCACCCGCAAGAGCCCUCUCUUUGAGGGCGAGAACGAUGCCUCCUACUCCCUGCCCCUUGACCAAUCCAAGCCCACCCGUCGUCGUGCUUCAGGCAAAGUAAAGACCGAGGAGGAAGAUACUGAGGUGAAGAUCGCCACCAAUGGCAAGACUACAACCCCUGGGUCUAAGUCCCAGUCGCGCUUGGUGGAUGGUUGGGAGGAAGGCCUGGACCCCAAGGUGGAUUACAGCGGACACUUCGAAUUCGGUGGUUCAUGGGGUGUACUUUCCAUGAUGAUCGGAUUCCCUCUGCUCAUGUACUACAUGUGGAUUGGUGCCACCUACUACGACGGCAAGUUCCCUCGUCCCGCAGAGAACGAGAGCUACGGCGACUUUUUCGCGCACUUGGCCAAUCUGGUUUACACCGGUGCUUUCCCCUCGGCCAAGGCUUGGACUAUUUACUGGGUUUUCUUCAUCUUUGAGGGUGCUUGUUACGUUCUUCUUCCCGGCGUUACUGUCACAGGACGUCCUCUGCCGCACUCGGGUGGCAAGCAGCUCCCAUACUACUGCUCUGCUGUGUGGUCUUUCUACACCAGCAUUGGAUUGGCACUCAUUGCGCACUUUACUGGUCUCUUCAAGCUGUACACCAUCAUUGAUGAGUUCGGUCCUCUGCUCAGCGUUGCCAUCAUUUCUGGAUACAUUGUCUCCUUCAUUGCCUACUUCUCGGCUUUGGCACGUGGCGCGGAGCACCGUAUGACCGGAUACCCGAUCUAUGACUUCUUCAUGGGUGCCGAGCUCAACCCCCGCAUGUUCAAGAUUCUCGACUUCAAGAUGUUCUUCGAGGUUCGCCUGCCCUGGUACAUUCUGUUGGGUCUGUCCAUGGGUGCUGCUGCCCGUCAGUGGGAGCAGUACGGAUAUGUGUCUGGCGAGGUCAUGUUCCUUGUCAUGGCCCAUUUCCUUUACGCCAAUGCUUGCUCGAAGGGAGAGGAGUGCAUUGUGUCCACUUGGGAUAUGUACUACGAGAAAUGGGGCUUCAUGCUGAUCUUCUGGAACUUGGCCGGUGUGCCUCUGAGCUACUGCCACUGCACAAUUUACCUCGCCAACCACGACCCUGCCGAGUACCGGUGGAAUCGCUACUUCCUUGUCUUCCUCUACAUUGCCUACUUGUUCGUCUAUUGGGUGUGGGAUACCACCAACAGCCAGAAGAACCGUUUCCGUCAGCAAGAACGCGGUACCAUGGUUGCCCGUAACACUUUCCCCCAGCUUCCUUGGCAGACAGUGAAGAACCCCAAGACUCUUACCGCGGCCGAUGGCUCAAAGAUUCUUAUUGAUGGGUGGUAUGGCAAAGCCCGCAAGAUCCACUAUACCUGUGAUCUCUAUUUCGCGCUAAACUGGGGCUUGAUCACCGGUUUCUCCAGCCCGUUCCCUUGGUUCUACCCUCUCUUCUUCGCUUGCAUGAUUAGCCACCGUGCUCUCCGUGAUAUUCAGCGGUGUCGCCAGAAGUACGGCGAGACUUGGCUCGAGUAUGAACGCCAGGUGCCUUACCUGUUCAUUCCUAAAAAACCCAUCAUGCUGAUCGAGGAAUCAUACGUCGAUGUCCCCACCAAAGCGGAUGGUGAGGGGACAAUGCGUCUCUAUGUCUUCCACCCGACAAUCCCUGGCUACCCUAAAGCUCGGUUCCCCGGUGUCGUAGUCUUCAGUGAGAUCUACCAAGUAACGGGUCCUGUGGCACGGUUUGCUCGCCAGAUUGCAGGCCAGGGAUACAUCUGUGUUGCUCCCUCGAGCUACCAUGAAUUCACUGGUCCGGAACCUCUGAAGUAUGACGCAGAGGAUACGGACAAGGGCAAUGCAUGGAAGAUUGGCAAGAAAUUGGCAGCUUAUGAUGAAGACGCUAAGCUCAGCGUUGAUUAUCUCCUGUCGCUGGACACAUGCAAUGGCCGAGUUGGUGCCACGGGCAUGUGUCUGGGUGGACAUCUGGCCUAUCGUUGUGCGCUGGAUAGCCGGGUCAAGGCGAGUGUGUGUUACUUUGCUACGGAUAUCCACAGCAAGACCCUCGCCAAGGGCAAGAAUGAUGAUAGCUUGGCGAGAGCUGGAGAUAUCAAGGGUGAGAUGCUGAUGAUCUUCGGCAAGAACGAUAACCACGUUCCGCCUGAGGGGCGCGAUCUGAUCCGCAAGACCCUGCAUGAGAAGGGUGUCUUGUUCAGCUUCUACGAAGUCGCAUGGGCCCAGCAUGCCUUUAUCCGUGAUGAACUUAGCAAGGGACGGUACGAUCCAGCUAUCACCAAGGUUUGCUUCGAGAUGCUGCUUGAACUGUUUGGGCGCACACUGAAGAUCGAUUUGGGCGAGCAUAACGGGGAAAAACAGGUGAUUGAGGAUGUGUGUUAA